GAGACGAACAGUAUGACCUGCAUGAAGAAGAGUGGACAGGCAACAUUCGAUUGCCUGCACCAUUCAUUAAACUACUUGGACAUAUGAUUUUGGAAUAUAUUUUCCAAAGGAGUUGACAUUUUAGCAAAGAUUUCCCUAUAUAAAGCUCCGAUACUAUUGGCAUCCCAAUCUCAUCCGUCUGCUAGUGCAAUUCGCUAAACCUCUGUAGAUCACCAGCCUCUGCGCUUCUCCUCGGUUAGUGGCUUCCUGCUGCCGGGGAGGUAGGCAAGGCAAAGCAGCAACGCCGGCGCCAUGGACGUCGACAUCGUGGACCGCGCGCGCAACGGGGGCGGCGACGAGAUCCAGAAGCACGAGCUCGUGCCCGAGGACGACAUGGAGUCCGACCCGGCGGCGGCGCGCGAGAAGGAGCACCUGCAGCCGUGGCGCGAGCAGGUGACCCUCCGCGGCAUGGUGGCGGCGCUGCUGAUCGGGUUCAUGUUCACGGUGAUCGUGAUGAAGAUCGCGCUCACCACGGGGCUGGUGCCCACGCUGAACGUCUCCGCGGCGCUCAUCGCCUUCCUCGCGCUCCGCGGGUGGACGCGCGUGCUGGAGCGCCUCGGCGUCGCGCACCGACCCUUCACGCGCCAGGAGAACUGCGUCAUCGAGACCUGCGCCGUCGCGUGCUACACCAUCGCCUUCGGCGGAGGGUUCGGCUCCACGCUGCUGGGCAUGGACAAGAGGACGUACGAGCUGUCCGGGAACUCGCCGGCCAACGUGCCGGGGAGCUACAAGGACCCUGGGUUCGGCUGGAUGGCCGGGUUCAUGGCGGCAAUCAGCUUCUCGGGCCUCCUGAGCUUGAUUCCUCUCAGAAAGGUUUUAGUCAUUGACUACAAUUUAACUUACCCGAGUGGGACUGCAACUGCUGUUCUCAUAAAUGGUUUCCACACCAAGCAAGGGGACAAGAAUGCAAAGAUGCAAGUCCGUGGGUUUCUGAAGUAUUUCGGGCUCAGCUUCAUAUGGAGUUUUUUCCAAUGGUUCUACACAGGUGGUGAUAUCUGCGGAUUUGUUCAGUUCCCUACAUUUGGUCUGAAGGCUUGGAAACAGACGUUCUUCUUUGAUUUUAGCAUGACAUAUGUUGGUGCGGGGAUGAUUUGUUCGCACCUUGUGAACAUAUCCACUCUCCUUGGUGCGAUCCUGUCAUGGGGGAUAUUGUGGCCACUCAUCAGCAAACAGAAGGGGGAGUGGUACCCUGCAAAUGUACCAGAAAGCAGCAUGAAAAGCCUAUACGGUUACAAGGCCUUCCUCUGCAUAGCUCUGAUCAUGGGAGACGGUCUUUACCACUUCUUUAAAGUCCUUGGUGUCACAGCUAUGAGCCUGCAUGAACGACUAAACCGGAAACGUGCUAGCAACAGAGUGGCAAAUGGAAAUGGGGACGAAAUGGUCCCACUCGACGAUCUGCAACGUGACGAGGUCUUCAAGGACGGUUCUUUCCCCGCUUGGGCAGCUUACGCCGGAUAUGCAGGGCUAAGCGUCAUUGCAGUGAUCACCAUCCCAAUCAUGUUCCGGCAGAUCAAGUGGUACCACGUCAUUGUGGCCUACGUCAUCGCCCCUCUCCUUGGUUUCGCCAAUUCCUACGGAACAGGGCUCACUGACAUCAACAUGGCCUACAACUACGGCAAGAUCGCGCUGUUCAUCUUCGCAGCUUGGGCUGGCAAGGACAACGGUGUCAUUGCUGGCCUCGCCGGCGGCACGCUGGUGAAGCAGCUGGUGAUGGCCUCCGCCGAUCUGAUGCAUGACUUCAAGACGGGUCACCUGACCAUGACAUCUCCCAGAUCCUUGCUCGUGGCACAGUUCAUUGGGACGGCCAUGGGCUGCAUAGUUGCGCCUCUCACGUUCUUGCUCUUCUACAACGCGUUCGACAUCGGAAACCCCACCGGUUACUGGAAGGCCCCAUACGGGCUGAUCUACCGGAACAUGGCGGUCCUUGGCGUGGAGGGCUUCUCCGCGUUGCCCAAGCAUUGCCUUACGCUCUCAGCAGGGUUCUUCGCAUUCGCAUUCAUCUUUAGUGUUGCAAGGGAUAUCCUACCACGCAAGUAUGGGAGACUUGUGCCCCUCCCAAUGGCGAUGGCGGUGCCAUUCCUUGUUGGUGGAAGCUUUGCGAUCGAUAUGUGCGUCGGGAGUUUGAUCGUCUUCGUUUGGAACAAGAUGAACAAGGAGGAAGCGGCCUUCAUGGUGCCUGCAAUGGCAUCCGGUUUGAUCUGUGGAGAUGGCAUAUGGACCUUCCCGUCUUCCCUUCUCGCCCUUGCCAAGAUCAAGCCACCAAUCUGCAUGAAGUUCACACCUGGAAGCUGAGAAUUUGGAAAAUAAUCCAGGAAUGGAGAACGGGAGAUACAGUCCAGGGAUCAGUGGUGAUUUGGAAUUGUGAUGCAGUAAAUUUCUCAAGCCAAGUUUCGGUGAUUUGCAGCAAUAGUCGUUGUUUUCCAAAGGUGUAACUCGAGAUUACUAGAGCUGACGUGUUGUUGUGCAUGACCCACGGUUGUGUUUUGAAAGGGUGACGAUUGCAGUGCGGCUAACCAUUCUAAUUGAUUUGGUUGUGCUCGUACUUUGUAACCACGUAUGUGUGCAUAUCCUGGGCGAAUAUUAUGUUCGUGCACUGUUUGACAUUGUGAAGUGAUAUUACUUGAAAGGAUUUAUAUGCGUAUUAGUAUUGACACCAAA